UCGCAGCUGAUAUAAGGACGUGGUUUGUUCCGGUGAAAAGUGGCUUUCGCUGCUCCAAGAGAGGCGGUUUUAUAAUAUAAUUUAUUUUAUUUUUUAAUCAAUAACUGUGCGAGUUUUUAAGGAUUUUGACAUUUAAUGUUGUAAGACAAUGAGACCCUGGUGUUUUUCCUCUGAGUUCGGGGCUCUGUGACGUCUUGUCCUGAUGGCUAGCAUUUCAUCGACUGAAGAAACAAUGCAGGCCUAGCGAGCGGCUAACUGUAGCAGCUAACUAGCAGCUAACUGUAGCUAGCGGAAGCUAAUCGAAGAAGGCUAGUCCAGCAGCAGACUGGAGUGGGAUUUAAACCUUGGACGAAGCAGUUUUUCGACGCUGUUAUUCCAUCCAGUCCGCUAUGAGCUCUCAGCUGCAGGUCUUCUCACCCCCUUCCAUCUCCUCCAGUGCCUUUUGCCGUGUUAAGAAGCUGAAAGUCGAGAGCAAUGUUUGGGACGUGUCCACCUCUGAAGCUUACAGCUCCAUAGCAGGCCAAUCGGCGUACGCUUUCACGCCUGCAAUGGCUGUGCCACCCUUUGCACCUUCUCUGGUCUUCCCUCCUACAGCUCCUGGCUCCAGGGGUCAAGUGGUGGUGCGGGCAGCUGAUAGCACUGGCAGUCUUCCACGAGGUUCCAGUCGACGUGUCACUGAGCAUGCAACGUCCUCCUCUUACACUCAUGCUGAGACAUCAUCUGAAACCAGGGCGCACAGGCAUGGGCAGAAGAGAAAAAUUGAGGAGACGAAUGAAGGCAGUGGGAGUGGAUGUGGCAGUGUGCAAAUAUUAGAGGAGCUUUCGGCUCCUGCAGCAACAUACUCCAAUCGUACAGGUGGAGGUGGUGGAGGGGGCACAGGCCAAUCUAUACCGCACUCGGCUCCAACCACCAAGAGCAGCAGCUCCAAUGGCGAAGGAGAUUAUCAGCUAGUGCAGCAUGAGAUCCUCUGCUCAGUGUCCUGUAGCUAUGAAGUGCUGGAGUUCCUGGGAAGAGGCACAUUUGGACAAGUAGCUAAAUGUUGGAAGAGGGGCACAAAUGAGAUUGUUGCCAUCAAGAUCCUAAAGAACCAUCCUUCCUAUGCUCGUCAGGGCCAAAUUGAGGUGGGCAUCCUGAACCGGCUGAGUGCAGAGAACGCAGAUGAAUAUAAUUUUGUGCGUUCAUAUGAAUGCUUCCAACACAAGGGCCACACCUGCUUGGUGUUUGAAAUGCUGGAGCAGAACCUUUAUGAUUUUCUGAAGCACAGCAAGUUUAGUCCACUCCCACUACGGCACAUUAGACCCAUCCUACAGCAGGUGGCUACAGCACUGAUGAAGUUGAAGAGCCUGGGCCUAAUUCAUGCAGACCUAAAACCUGAAAACAUCAUGCUGGUUGACCCACUUCGACAGCCGUACAGGGUGAAGGUUAUUGACUUUGGCUCAGCAAGUCAUGUUUCCAAGGCCGUCUGCUCAACCUACUUACAGUCUCGCUACUACAGGGCUCCAGAGAUCAUCUUGGGUUUGCCUUUCUGUGAGGCCAUUGACAUGUGGUCUUUAGGCUGUGUGAUAGCUGAACUGUUUCUAGGUUGGCCUCUCUACCCUGGAGCCUCUGAGUAUGACCAGAUUCGUUACAUUUCCCAGACUCAAGGCCUCCCAGCAGAGUACUUAUUGAGUGCCGGCACAAAGACCAGCCGUUUCUUCAACCGUGGCCCUGACUCUAGCUACCCACUCUGGAGGCUGAAGACCCCAUCAGAGCAUGAAAUGGAGAUGGGCAUAAAGUCCAAGGAGGCCAGGAAGUACAUCUUCAACUGUCUGGAUGACAUGAUGCAGGUCAAUUUGUCAUCUCAUUUGGAGGGGACGGACAUGUUGGCUGAAAAAGCUGAUCGACGAGAGUUUAUAGACCUCUUGAAGCGGAUGCUCCGUCUGGAUGCAGACAAAAGGAUCACACCCACAAAAACCCUGGGUCACCCCUUUGUGACGAUGAGCCACCUCAUGGAUUAUCCCCACAGCUCUCAUGUGAAAUCAUGCUUCCAGAACAUGGAGAUUUGCAAGCGCCGCAGCUCCUAUGACACUGGCAAGUCCUUGUACUCCACCAGUGCUGUCCCCAGUGCUUCAGCAGGGAACCUCACUGUUACCUUCAGUAGCCAACUCAACCAGCACAACCAGGUGCCUUCUGCGGGAGGAGCGGUGCCUCUGUUGAACUACCAGCCAGCGCUGUAUCAGCAAGCGACCAUCAACAUUCCGGGGCUGGCUCAGCAGAGUGUGCCGAUUCCAACUCGUCCUACUGGGCUGUGUAGCCAGGCAGAACCCUUCCAGCAGACUCUCAUUGUCUGCCCACCCUCCACUAUUCAAGGGCUACAGCCAUCCAAUAAGAGUUCCAGUUUUCCUGUGAGGAUGGAGAACUCUGUACCUAUUGUACCUCAGAACCAAUCUGCCCAGUCGUUGCAGAUCCAGCCAAGUAUGCUCACACAGGGUUCCUGCACACCCCUGAUGGUGGCCACCCUUCACCCACCCUCAGCAGGCAUAGCCCCACAGUAUUCUCUGCCCCUGGGGCUGGGCACCGGGGUGGGUCGGCCCACCCUACUGGAGCACACAGCCACAGUGCUGCAGGCUUGGCCCACUGGCACCCAGCAGAUCCUCAUACCAUCAUCAUGGCAGCAGGUCCCGGGUGUGGCCAUCCACAGCUCUGCCCACCAGUCCACUGUUCCCGAGUCUCCCCUCGAAACACAUCACUCGGAUGCUGCCACACAGCAGGGACACAGCUGGAGGACCACGAACCAAGCUAGGACUCAGCAGGAGAGGAAGAAGGUGAAAGCCAGACGUGGAGAGAACAGGAACAGGGGUGUGCCCACUGCAUCAUUACUUGGCAGUGGUGGUUGUGACCCGACUAGUUCCAGCGCCACGUUGUCCCAGCCAAUCAUCAUCUCUGACACACCAAGCCCGGCAGUCAGCAUCAUCACGAUUCACAGUGACACUGACACAGAAGACGAGCGCAAGUUCCAUCCUGCCAGCGUCAGUCUGAGCCAGCGCACUAACGUAAUCAGCUGCGUGACGGUGCACGACUCCGACUCGUCGACUGCCAGCCCUCUGACCCCUCUGCCCCGCACGCUCAACCCAGCCAGCAGUGUGUCAUCACGCCACGUCAAGUCUCUGGCUGUGGUGGCACCUUCAGUGAAAACACAGGCUUCUGAGAAAGGAGGGGCUUCACGUGGACGUUUGGAGACUGUAAACUACAUAAAACCUAAACGAUCCAACCGGCAGCCGUGCAGUUCUGGGGAGAGUGUGGAGCAGCAUGGACUAGUGCCAAGUCAGUCACACCCAUUGAACCUGAGCCAGGUUCAACCGGUGGUUUCUUCAUCUCAGGAGCGUUCGGGUUUGUCCCACACUGACUCAUCUUUGCGUCGGCAGCAGACUUUCCCUCCGGCCGUCUCGGCCUCUCACUACAACUUCCCAGAAGUGUCUGCGCUGACAGGGGCCACGGCCUCCGGCUCCGGCCUGUACACGUACCCGGCCUCCACUGCCCUGUCCUCAGCGUCUCAGGCCAUGGAGCAUCUGCUGGGCCGUGGCCACAGCAGCCACGGACACUCGCCCUCCACCUAUGCAGCAACGUACACCUCGUCCUCCAGGAGAGACUCGGCCAGCCGCAGGGAUUCCGUCAGUAGCCUGCUGCACGGCCUCCCCGCGGCCUACCAGCAUCAGUUCACCACUGGUUCUCCGUAUGUUAGUGUGACGCCACGGGCCGAGGCUUACAGUGCCUACCAGCUGAGUCCCAGGCGCCUCACGCAGUACCCAUACCUAUAGACAGCCACAAACACUCUGUGAACAAAGAAAAGAAAAUACACUUCCCCUCAUACUAUCACAAAGGGACAUUUAAUCUGUAUUUCUAAUAGAAUAACUAUUACUCACUUUUGCUGCUUUUGUCCACAAGGCAGAAUCUCACUUCCAACUGUGGACUGUUUGAGUGUUUAAUGUUUUUAAUGUCCUUUGGUAUUAUUUGAUAUCAGGUCAGUUUGUUUUCCCUUAAAAAUCAUGUUCUAUUUACCCAUAUUUUAGUCCCCGUCACACCCCGAUGUGCAGUAAUGUCAUUGUGGUUCAUGUAUUUUACAUCCGUUAAUCUUGAGGUUUUGCGUGAAGAGAGAUUUUUGCUCCUGUCACAAACUGCAAUGACACUUAAGGAUUUUUAUUUUAUUUCAACACCUGACUCUCAAGGAUCAUGAAGUUGAAACGGGGAGAAAAAGAAAAGAGUCACGAUCCUUGUUACAAAGUUUUCACACUAAUCUAGCGAGGCCCUAUGUUUUAGCACAUAUUACUGACUGUGUCUGUUUACUCACAAUUAUGUCUUUUACAAUGUUUAAAUUAUGUUGUUUGUCAGCGUGAGCUCGGAAGAGGACUAAGAGAAAGGUGUGGUUAAAAACUGUGAUGGAUACGUGUUAAUUUAAGUGCACAUGUGAUAAUAGUCUCUUAAUGUAGUGAUAUUGUUUAGACAGGAAUAACCAUGUCCUUUUUUAAAAAAAGAAACAAAAAAUGCA